AUGACCAUCCAUACUUUUCCACUAGAGAAACCAAACCAUUGCUUGAAACAUACGCACCUAUAUUUUUCAGCUAUAUUAUCAUGUGUUAGAUUUCUUCUUCACUCUCAUAUGUAUUCCAUAGGAGCUGAUGUUCUCUCCAAAGAAGCCAACAAUGAAUUCAACACAUGAUAGGCAAAUUUGUGUUCAAGGAGACACUGGGCUUGUUCUUACCACUGAUCCAAAGCCUCGUCUCAGAUGGACUGCUGAGCUUCAUGAGCGAUUUGUCGAUGCUGUUACUCAGCUUGGAGGACCAGAUAAGGCCACACCAAAGACCAUCAUGAAAGUUAUGGGUGUCAAGGGUCUCACACUUUACCACCUGAAGAGCCAUCUUCAGAAAUUCAGGCUUGGGAAGCAGCCACAUAAGGAUCUUAAUGAUCAGGCAGUUAGGGAUGCUUCAGCAUCAGAAUUUCAGAGGGAUGGUGCUGCUACAUCCAGGAUAAUGGGUCACCACUUCAAUGAGUAUAUAAACAUACACCAUACUGAAGCGCUUAGAACACAAAUGGAAGUACGAAGGAGAUUGAAUGAGCAGCUAGAGGCCCAUUACAUAUAUGUGUUGUGGAAAAAGGUACAGAAACACCUCCAGAUGAGGAUUGAUGCACAGGGAAAAUAUAUGGAAACAAUACUGGACAAAGCUUGCCGAACACUUGCUGGGGAAAAUGUGAACAGCCAAGGUUAUAAGUUUGUUGGUUAUCAAGGAAUUGAUGAGAUUGGCAAUAUGAGAGAUUUGGGUUUCUCAUUGAACUUGCCACCAAUAGAAGAUUUGCACGUAAAUGAAGACAACUCUCAUUGUGGAUUUCAGAUACAAGAAACUGGAGUUGCAGUAGAACGUCUUCACUUGGAAGAUGAUGCUUUAAAAUUAGGUGGUCAGCUUCAAAUGGUUUUGACUAAUGAUGACAGCCCAAUUAUGAAUUUCAUGCCCAGAAGCUCACAAUAACAAUGUUCAUACAAUUCGCCACUCAAUUUAUGAGGGAAAAGCAACAUAAAAUAGUACUUUAAAGCUCUAAAGCCUCUUGCAGUACAUGCAUCUUGCCACUUUUAUUAUACCAAUGUAGCUUUUUGUGUAUCAUAUUAGUUCCUAGAGGCUAUGCUUACAGCUUCCUAAUUGAGAAAUUUGCUAAACGGGGGACCUUUGACCAUUUAUUAAUAUAUCCCAUCGUUUACUAAUUCAUGUACACACAUUUAUAAGCAUUCGGGUUUGGGUUUCUUUCAA